ACAAAGGCGCGAAUCUCAUUGUGGAAUUUCACAAAGUAUUGGGAAAAGCAUUUACCCCAGACUUCCUUAAUUUAACUCUUAAAUGUUGACGCUUUCAAACAAGACCUGUCUUUUUUUCCUUUAUCAUUCAUCAAUUUGAAGUCUAAUAUGCUUAGAAACCAACGUUUAUGUUUACUUACAAGGUCUAUGUCAACUUUGACUCGUGUUCAAACGAAGGCUGCACCCGCUGCUAUUGGCCCUUACGCUCAAGCUAUCAAAGUAAAUGAUACUGUCUACACUUCCGGUUCUCUUCCUGUUGUUCCUGAAACUGGUAAUGUCAUUGACGGUGGUAUUAAAGAGCAAACACAACAAAGUUUGGACAAUUUAGCUGCUGUCCUUAAAGAAUCUGGAUCAAGUGUUGAUAAAGUCGUGAAGACUACAGUUUUUUUGAAAGAUAUGAAUGAUUUUGUUGCUAUGAAUGAAAUCUACGCUAAGUUCUUCGGUGAUCAUCGUCCUGCUCGUAGUGCUGUUGAAGUCGCUCGUUUGCCAAAAGAUGUUUCUGUUGAGAUCGAAUGUGUAGCUGUCACUAACAAAUAAGCAAAUAAACAUCUAUAGCAUCUGCUAAUUUAUGCUACUAAUGACUGAUAACAUUGCUACGAGACCUAGUUGGUCUCAAUAAAAGUACAAAAUGAUGACAGU